UUUCUCCGCACGGACUACCGUGGUAUACGUCGUAGCGGCUUUGCGACGGUAACCGGCUGCUAGUCAUCGCGUUGAUCGUAUUUUAUUAUUAUUAUUAUUAUUAUUUUUAUAUAACAAUAUAAUACAUAAAACUAUAAACCUAUAUAGAAUUUCGUACAGACAUUUUUACCAUAGUCCAUCCGGUUCAGUGUCCAUUUCUCCUUCCGAGCGCGCGCGCGUGUUCGCCAAUCGGUUUAUACCUGCACUAUUGUGGAAGCGGUCGUCCGCAGAGCUCGCGUUUACCUCUAUUCCGGACCGACCGUCUAAAGACUAACAUUAUAAAACACACGGUGGCGCGAUAUAAUAUACCUAGUGUCAUGCUAUAAUCAUACAUGAUAUUAUUUUCCGCCAUGGAUGUCGUGAGUGGUUAGCGCAUUCCGUUUUCGAUUUAUUAUAUCAAUAUUUAUUCGAUAUUUCCCCGACUGAAAUCGCGUCACCUACGUAUUUCUUCAAACACGUCAGUGCGACUUUAAAAAAAAAAUUUGUUCGGAUAGUGCGAUACGAAAAUAUUAAGAGAAACUCGCACGCAGCCUGCACGCUUACGAGGACCGAGGGUCUUCUCUGACGCAACAUGGAUAUCCAAUUCGAAGACUUGACGUACGAGGUGAAGCCACCGUUUUGGAAUACCAGAGUUCCACCAAGAACGAUAUUGAAGUCUGUAAAUGGCCGAUUUGCAGCUGGCGAACUUUCAUGUAUUAUGGGACCGUCGGGUGCAGGAAAGAGCAGUUUGCUUAAUUCAUUAUCCGGUUACAACUAUAAAGGCGUAAGCGGGACUUUGAAGUUAAAUAAUCAAGUCAGGGACGAGAAGUUGUUUCGCAAGUUAUCAUGUUACAUAAUGCAGGAGGACAAGAUUCAGCCUAUGUUAACUUUAAACGAAGUGAUGAUGUUCGCUGCGGAACUUAAACUAUCAAAUGGUACACUGACCAAAGAAAAACAAAUGAUCGUGACAGAAAUUCAAAAUGUCUUGGGACUGUCCGAGAGCAAAAACACAAGGACCGAAUUCUUGUCGGGAGGCCAGAAAAAGCGGUUAUCUAUUGCUCUAGAACUCAUCAACAACCCGCCCAUAAUAUUUCUAGAUGAACCUACUAGUGGCCUGGAUAACGUUUCCAGCACGUACUGCCUACAGCUGUUGCGCGGGCUCGCGCACCAGGGCCGCACCAUCGUGUGCACCAUCCACCAGCCGAGCGCCAGCAUGUUCCAGCUGUUCGACCACGUGUACGUGCUGUCCCAGGGAUACUGCGUGUACCAGGGCUCCACCGACCAGCUAGUCCCGUUCCUGUCCACCGUCGGGCUGCACUGUCCGCUGACGUACAACCCGGCCGACUACAUAAUCGAGGCGACCGACGGCGAGGAACAGGACAACAUUGAGAAGUUGGCCUCGGCCACGGCCAACGGCAAACAGUCGCUGUGCAAGACGAGAGACAACAACAACUGUUACUUGACCGAAGACCCGACCAAAGCUUGUGAAUUGCUCUUGCCGGAACUCAACGGCAACGUAGUUACUUCCAAAUUGCUCCCUUUGCCACCGAUCAAUUACAAAGCAGGCGACGAAGUGGACGAAGACGAUGACGUGGUAAAACCCGGCAACACGUGGUGUGUGGAGUUUCCGACUUCCGGUUGGUCGCAGUUUUGCACGCUUUGGAAGCGUAUGAUCUUGCAGUUGUACAGGAACAAGAUCGGUCUAAACAUACAGUUUUACCAUCAUCUCAUCUGUGGCCUGGCGGUGGGCAUUGUGUUCUACGACAAGGCGAACGACGGCGCACAGUUCUUCAAUCACAUGAAAUUCUGUAUGGGCAAUAUUCUCUUCCACACGUUCACGCAGUCGAUGGUCCAAGUGCUUGCAUUUCCGUCCGAAGUGAAACUACUAAAACAAGAAUACUUCAACAGAUGGUAUAGUUUGAGGCCGUAUUUCUUGGCGUUACAGUUGUCAAGGGUGCCAUCAAUCAUAUUUUUUAGCAGUAUUUAUACAACUUUGGUAUAUUUCAUGUCUGGGCUACCGUACGAACUUUUGCGGUUUUCAAUGUUCAAUAUCAUUUGUCUAUUGGUUUGUUUCGUCUCCGAAGGCAUGGGACUACUUGUAGGAUCUAUUUUCAACGUGACGAACGGCAGCGCGGUUGGACCAAUGAUGAUAGCACCGUUUUUGGGGCUGGCCAUUUAUGGAUUUGACUUUGCACACCAAGUGCCGUGGAUCAUGGAGUUCGUAAUGCAAGGAAGUUUCUUACGAUGCGGAGUCAUCGGGCUGGUAAUCACCGUGUUCGGGUUAAAUAGGGAACCACUGCACUGCGACACGGGCUACUGUCACUUCAAAGAUCCAAACAUCAUAAUUUAUUACCUGAACGUGGAUAGGAAGCAUCCAUACUUUGAGAUUAUCAAGUUGGUGGUUAUGCUCGUGCUGUUCAGGAUUUUCACGUAUUUCGCACUCCGGAGGAGGCUCACUGGCUAAGAAGGCAGCCAGUACGACUAUUUUUUUUUUGUCCGAGACGAACUUUAUUAUUUUAUUAUUUUGAUUACUUAUCCUUAAAUAUUUAGUUAUUUAAUUUUCAUCGAUUUGUAUUCGUUAUGUUUUAUUUUUGUAAAACUAUAUAUACCUAUACAUACAACGAUAAUAUAAUUAUAUUAUAUUAAAUUAGACAUGGA